AUGUCCAAGGGGUCCUUUCAAGAGGAAGAUCAAGAGAAGGGCUACUCCCAAGGGAAGGAGCUCUCCUUCUGGUCCGAGUAUUCUCUUCUCACAGUUAUGGCCUAUGACCGCUACGUUGCCAUCUGCAAACCCCUGCACUAUGGGACCCUCAUGGGCAACAGAGCUUGUGUCAAAAUGGCAGCAGCUGCCUGGGGCAGUAGUUUUCUCCAUGGUGUUCUGCACACUGGGAACACAUUUUCAAUACCACUCUGCCAAGGCAACACAGUGGACCAGUUCUUCUGUGAAAUCCCCCAGAUCCUUAAGCUCUCCUGCUCAGACUCCUACAUAAGGGAAGCUGGGGUUAUUGUGGUUAGUGCGUGUUUAGUGUUUGGGUGUUUCAUUUUCAUUGUGAUGUCCUACGUGCAGAUCUUCACUGCUGUGCUGAGGAUCCCCUCUGAGCAGGGCCAGCACAAAGCCUUUUCCAUGUGCCUCCCACACCUGGCCGUGGUCUCCCUGUUUGUCAGCACCUCAUUUUUUGCCUACCUGAAGCCCCCCUCCAUCUCCUCCCCAUCUCUGGAUCUGGUGCUGGCUGUUCUGUAUUCAGUGGUGCCUCCA